ACGGUGAUGAUUAUGAGGCAAUACUAAUGAUUGGACGAAUUCGAUGAAAAGGGGUAUCAGGAAAUAGGAGAUUCGAGAUGGGUUUCUCUCCAGAUAAUCUAAAAGGAAUCAUCUUGGCAUUGAUGUCGAGUGGGUUUAUUGGGGCUAGUUUUAUAAUCAAGAAGAAAGGUCUUAGAAGAGCAGCUGCAAUUUCUGGUGUUAGAGCUGGCGUUGGUGGGUAUGCGUAUCUGUUGGAGCCAUUAUGGUGGUUAGGAAUGAUCACAAUGAUUGUUGGUGAGGUAGCAAACUUUGUAGCAUACGCAUUUGCCCCAGCAGUUUUGGUCACCCCACUAGGCGCAUUAAGCAUUAUUGAGCUUGCUGCUGUUGGGGGAAAGAAUGCAAAAACUAAAGCAGGUCGGAAGACUUCCAAGAAGGAGAGGGAGAAUGUUGUGAAUGUUCCAGUUUCUCGCAGCAGAGACAAGAGGGGAAAACCUGGUUCCCCUAAGGUCAGUUUCAAAAUGGGCAAGGACAGAGCUCAGAGGCCACAGAAAGUUGAACCUUUAGCAAAGGAAGAGGGUGAGAUGUCAGACAACGAGGAAGUUUAUGAACAGUUCAAGGAAGUGAAAUGGAUGGAAUGGUGUCAAGAUGUCAUGAUUGGUGAAAUCAAAACUCUUGAACGUCUUCAGAAGUUGCAGACUACUAGUGACAGGCUUCCGAAGGAAAAGGUGCUAUCAAAAAUUCGGAAUUACUUGCAGCUUCUUGGACGAAAGAUAGAUCAGAUUGUGCUAGAACAUGAGGAUGAACUGUAUAAACAAGAUAGGAUGACAGUGCGAUUAUGGAACUAUGUCUCUACAUUUUCCAAUCUCUCUGGUGAGAAGCUGCAUCAGAUUUAUUCCAAGCUUAAGAAGGAGCAGGAAGAGGAGAGGGGGGUUGGGCCCUCGCAGGUCAAUGGCUCUAUAUCUGGUUAUUUUGAUAGGGAUGGUGAUUCUAAUUACUUUCCUCCUCUCUCACGUCUUAGUGAGAAGCAAAGAGGGCACAAGAAUGCAGUGGGUUAUCAAAUGUCUGAACCAGUUCACAAGGGUAUUGAUAUAGCCAAGUUUGAAGCGUGGAAAAGGAGGAGGAGGGCUGAAGCUGAGUCUCAUUCCCAACCUCCACCAACAUCUCAACGACUUACAAAUAAUGGUAACCGAAUCAUAGAUCCAAGUUCCCUGGGAAUUUUGGGGGCAGGACCAUCUGACAAGCGUCUUAUUAAUGAGCGACCUCGUCGGAUGCGUCAAACUGGAUUUCCUUCAAGGCAAGGUUUCUCCUCAGGCAUUAAGUAGCCUUUUUGAGCCCCAUGAGACGAUUGUUGUUUGAAGUUGAAGAGUUAAGCUAAUUGGCUCUGACCUGGUGGCAUGCACUGCUUCAGCUAGUGAACAUUCUCCGGGAUUCUUUUUGACCAUGGAAAUAAAAGAUCUGCAAAUUCCAAUCCAGUUUUUUGCAGCUGAUUGAAGAAAUUAACAAUCUGAUGGGAUUUGCAUCCUAAAAACACGGCUGAGGAAGAAGGCCAAACCCAAGAGGAUCGAUUAACAUAAAGCAAGACUAGCAGUCUUCGUUUUGUUUUUCUUCUAUGAAAUGAGACCAGUAAUUUGUUCGAGUAAAUAGUCAGAAAUAGGGGCAGAAAAAGUCUCAAUUCAAUUUGAAAUAUAGGUGGAUGAGCGAAACAAUUUUUUUUUCGUGGAACUGGCAAAGACAUUUUUUUUGUUUCCUAAGUCCAAAAAAAGUUGUACAUUAUCAAUUUUGCUUAAUUUUGUACUGUUUACAACACGCGAAAUUGUUCUCGCGGUCGUGUUGUAAAAACUUUUUCGGCAAUCCGAUGAUUAGUCUCAAUACUUUGUAGUAUCUGCCAAAGAUUUUUAUAUAUAUAUAUAUAUGUAUUCCGUACUUCAGAAGAGU